AUGGAUGCCUUUGGAAAUGCAGCUCCCUUGGCUAAACCGUGCAGAAUUAAAACGCAGUGGCAUAAGGAACGUUUAUGCUUUAAGGUCUUUUGCGUUUUAUUUCCAUUCUGUUCCUUUAAAAGGGAAGGGGAGAAACCAUUCCCUGAUUGUUUGUUUUGUCGGCAUGUUUCAUUUUCAGUCAGUGACGUGACUAGAUUUUGUUGUUUUCAGAACAUUCCUGAAGAAAGUUUGUAUGUGAAGUGUAAUGGGCGACUGGCUAAUGCUGAAGAUGCACUGCAACAUGGAGUUGUUUAUAGCCUGGAACCAAGACUUUGUGGUGGAAAAGGAGGUUUUGGAUCUAUGCUGCGAGCGCUUGGUGCUCAGAUUGAAAAGACAACGAAUAGAGAGGCUUGCAGAGAUCUCAGUGGAAGGAGACUUCGAGAUGUCAAUCAUGAAAAAGCGAUGGCUGAAUGGGUGAAACAGCAAGCAGAGCGGGAAGCAGGAAAAGAACAGAGGCGCUUGGAAAGGCUGCAGCGGAAACUUGCAGAGCCAAAGCACUUUUUCACAAAUCCGGACUACCAGCAGCAGUGUCAUGAGAUGGCUGAACGACUAGAAGAUUCAGUGCUUAAAGGAUUGCAGGCCACUUCCAGCAAAGUAGUGUCACCGGGAACCAGCGAUAGUCGGAAACGUCCAAAUGAAUCUGAAAACAAUGGAACAAAAUCUGGAAAAAGAAAAUGUUUUUGGCUGGGAGUGGAAGGAUUGGAUGAUCCUGACAGUUCAGAAUGUGAUGAUGACAGUGAAGAUGAUUCUGCUCAUGCAUCUGGAGGAAGUUGUCCAUCGAGCAGCAGAUAUAAUGAAACUGCUGAAAAUUCAAAUGAGUGUUCAAGUAGCUCUGUGGAUUCAGUAGAGUAUAGUUCAGCUACCAAUGCUGAGAAACCGCUGGAGCAUCCGGAAGGUACUGGAAGAGAUCUGCAAAGGGAGGCAAUUGCAGGGGAGCAGACUGAAAUUCCAAGUGCUGAAAAUGGUGAAAUGGCAAAGACCGGGAAAGAAGAUGCCCAGGGAAAGAAUGAAGCAACCAAAGCUCUGAAAGAAGGAGAGCGAGAAAAUGUUUCUUCUAAGGCACAGGAAACAAACCAGAUACAGAGCACGGAGAUGGAAGCAAUAGACCUACUGGCAUUCAACUCUGCUGCUGAAAUGGAAGUGCUGGGAUUAGAUAAACUGAAGUUGGAACUGAUGGCUUUAGGACUGAAAUGUGGAGGAACUUUACAGGAAAGAGCAGCAAGACUUUUUUCAGUGAGAGGUCUCCCUAGAGACCAGAUUGAUCCUGCCUUAUUUGCAAAGCCUUCUAAAGGGAAAAAAAAGUGAAUUUUAAAUUGAUUUUGUUUCUGAGUGCUUUUCCAUUUUCUUUACUGUCAUUCUGUACGGCCACCUAGAAAGAAUUCCUUGGCAUCUCUAGAUAGUUUCUGGUUUCUAGUUUUAAUGGAGUUUGAUUAAUGUAAAACAGAGUAAGUUGCUAGAUAGAUAGCUAUGCGUUCAGUAUUAAAGGAGUGAAACUGUUGUCUUUUGAUGUGCUUUAGAAAUGGUUAUAACAAGUCUUAAUGCAAGAGGUAGAAGGAAAGAAAUAACCUGACUGUUUUCCAGAAGAUUAGUGUAUGACACUGUCAUCACCUAUUUUAAGAAAAAUAGCAAUCCUUUCUUAGCUUUAUAUCGACUCUUCUUUAACGUUUAUUGCAGUCAGU